UAGCUAGAUAAACUUUACGCUGGGUUCGGCCGCUUGAGUCCCCGGAGAUGGGAAGAUUUCACGUGACGUCAUUGGAGCAGUAGCCAAUCGUAACUCGCUUGGCGCUUGAUUGACAACGACGCCGACCAAUAGUGUGCAGGCGCUGGUAUUUCCUGUAUAGUAGUUUUUAAUAUGGCGAAGACUUACGACUAUUUGUUUAAACUGCUUCUGAUCGGCGACUCGGGAGUCGGGAAGACGUGCGUGCUGUUCAGGUUCUCAGAGGAUGCCUUCAACUCUACGUUUAUAUCUACUAUAGGUAUUGACUUUAAAAUCAGGACUAUAGAACUAGAUGGCAAGAGAAUUAAGCUACAGAUAUGGGACACAGCUGGACAAGAGAGAUUUCGUACUAUUACAACUGCUUAUUACAGAGGCGCUAUGGGCAUUAUGUUGGUGUAUGAUAUCACAAAUGAAAAAUCUUUUGAUAAUAUAAAAAACUGGAUAAGAAAUAUUGAAGAGCAUGCCUCAGCUGACGUUGAAAAAAUGAUUCUUGGCAACAAAUGUGAUGUCAACGACAAACGACAAGUUUCUAAAGAGAAAGGGGAAAAGUUGGCUCUUGAAUAUGGAAUUAAAUUCAUGGAGACUAGUGCAAAGGCUAAUAUCAAUGUGGAAAAUGCUUUUUUGACUUUGGCAAGGGACAUCAAAGCAAAAAUGGACAAAAAAAUGGAGGGAACUAGUUCCCAAGGCAGUAACCAAGGCGUCAAAAUUACCCAAGAACAGCAAAAGAAAAGCAGUUUCUUCCGAUGUGUCCUUCUGUGAGGGACAUUGCCUUAAAGGAGUACUUUGCUCCAUCAAACUGGACUGUGCCUGUAUCUGAAUUCCCAUCACCACAGACCUAGAUCCUUUAAAGCACCAGCUCUGCCAUAUUUGGGCUACCUUAAAAAGAGUGACAAACUCUAUCUUAGCAACUGCCCAACCUAGCUGUUCUGGAACAUGUUCUAAGUUUGUACAUUUCUUCAUCAUCAUUAUUCCAAUUACUAUGUUAUAACUAACUUUUUUUUUUUUUUUUUUUUUUUUUUUUUAAGUUAAACACCGGACUAUCUUAAUAUAAAAUUUCAGGCCCAGUGUUUAUAUUUCCAGGCAUUCCUACAGAGCCAUAUAUUCUUCCAUGUCUUUGACUAACCUCAAAAUGUGGUGUUCCUUUAAAUUUGGGGACCUGCACAUAAUUUAUAAAGGAUAUAUAUAAAACAUACAAGUAGACAAAAAAGUUUGGUUGAGUUACAUAUUUACACAUAUACAUGUUUGUAUAAAUGUGCACCUUCCACUUGCAUUCCAGUAUGAGUCUUCCAUGUUGGAUCUAAUAGUAAAACCAAAAUCAUUUUGUUUUGCUUUAAUUUCAGGUGAGAUUUGUGUAAUUUAUGCAUUUUAGUUUUGCCUAAUUCCAUAAUUUUACCUACUGCACCAUUUCUAUGGUUUACACUUUAAGCAUGGAUACAUCACAUUUUCUAGAUGUUGUUUGAUAAUUUCGUUUUUUAAUGAUUUUCACCCAAAACUUAGAUUAAUGGAUGAUUUUAUUUAUUUGUAGCUGCCGUUUCUGCAAAUAUGACAGUAAAUCUACGGCUAUACUGGUUGUCACUUUUUCAUCAUCUAAAAGUGACAAGUAAAAUUUAGCUACAGAUCAUACAAGCGGUUUUGCAAAAAUUGCUGCUGCAAUGGAGCAGAACAGUGCCAAAAACUAGAGUUAGUAAUUGAGAAAACUUGGCUGCUGCUCUCGAUUCUGAUUUACUAGAGUAUGAUCAUUUUGUAAGUUUUAGUUGAAUAAGCUGUUUGGUGAACGUUUAAACCUAGUUGGUAAAAUCCAGUGUUCCUACCUUCCUAAUACACAAUGGCCCUGAUUUACUAAGAGUGUCAAGUUAUUUUCAGAGGUUUUUUUUCCCCCCCGACUAUUUCUUCUCACACGUAUUUAUCAAUGUGUCCCAUGUGUCGGGAAAAUUCUGUUGCAUGACAUUAAAUUCUGUCGCACAGGAAAAAUAAAAGUAAAUAAAUAAAGCAAAGCAACUCUGCACCAGGACGUAACUUUACAUUCAUGAUCGUUAAUGGGUUAACAAGUAAAAAAUAAAAAAGGAAAUGAAAGCCAAGAUUUAAAAAAAUAAAAAAUUCCCAAAAAUUUAUAAAUAAAAAAUGUAAUAUAAAGUCUAUUAAGGGGACAAAGUAACAGGACUUCCUCAGGUUCCCCACACCUCAAGGCAGUCAUGUUUUCAAGUUCAGUAUUUCACAAUUUUUCUGGUGGGUUUUGAAAUACAACUGUCGGGUUUUCAGGAAAAUGUCGAGAACCCGCCCCUAAGUAUGCAAGCCACGCCCCUUUAGUCGGGUUAAAAAAAUACUCCAAGUAAUUAGAAAACUGUCGGGUUUUUACCAGUAAAAUGUGUCGCAGAGGAAGUGUGACACAAAUUGUGUCGCAUAACCCGAUAAAUGAGUCGGGAUCCUGUUAGUAAAUCAGGGCCAAUGUAAACGUUUACUAAAGAGUAAACCAUUUGUUCUUCCAAAUCUGCUGUAUAAACCAUGCUUUGUGGUUAGUGGAAUUUCUAGACCUAGUCGGAAAUGUUUGCAACAGAUUAUGGUGAUCCCACAAUGUUCAGUUGAUUUAAUUCUCAUAUGUGUUGUAUCCAUUUUAAAGGUACUAUGUUUCUACAAAGCACAUCCUUAAAGGGGUUAUCCAGUAAAGCAUUUUUUUUUAUAGAUCAACUGGCUCCAGAAAGUUAAACAGAUUUGUAAAUUACUUCUAUUAAAAAAUCUUAAUCCUUUCAGUACUUAUGAGCUGCUGAAGUUGAGUGUUUGUUUUCUGUGUAAGUGCUCUCUGAUGACACCUGUCUCGGGAACAGUUCAGAGUAGACGCAAAUCCCCAUAGCAAACCUCUUCUACUCUGUGCAGUUCCCAAGUCAAGCAGAGAUGUCAGCAGAGAGCACUGUUGCCAGACAGAAAAUAACUCAACUUCAGCAGAUGAUAAUUAUUGGAAGGAUUAAGAUUUUUUUUAAUACAAGUAUUUUACAAAUCUGUUUAACUUUCUGGAGCCAGUUGAUAUUAAAGAGUUUUUUCCUGGAAUACCCCUUUAAUGACUGAUUACUUGACUGCACAAAAUGUGUAGCUAUAAUACCUUAGUACUACAUUUCCCUCAAUGACCAUAUUUCUGAACAACAUUUGCUAGAAAGUAAUUAAAAGGAAAUCUGUCAUGCAUAUUUGCUGGUAAGAGCUACAGACUCCCUUGUAUAGAUGUUAGGGUAUUAAAGCAAACCCUUCCCGGAGCUGAUGGUGGUUGCCAAACUUAAAAUGAUCUCCUUUUAUUUCUUAGCCAAGUUUUAGCAAUGUCCAGUGCCACAGCUUGGCACGCCUACUUGCUUGUCUUCACCAUCCAGCCCAUCCUUGAUGUUCAGGGCCCUGUUUUUGAGUCAAGGAGGGGCUGAGAGGUGAGGGCAAGAGACAUGCCAGGGCUGUGGCACUUGAGCAGUUCAGCUCUGUUUCCUUGACACUUGGUUGAGAAAUAAAAAAAAGGCAAUUUUAGCAACACACCAUCAGCUCCAGGAAAGGUACAGUUUACUCUUAUACCCUAACAGCUAUCAAACGUGUAGUAGCAUGCAUAUAUAUAUAUAUAUAUAAUAUAAACUGGCCGACUCACUGUAGCAGUCAUUUGCUGCCCCACUGCAUCCAGAGCCAUAUUCCAAGGAGCAAAGUGGCCGAUUCUUGUAUUUUUUAUUUUUAUUUUUUUUAUUGGACAGUUUUCCCACAUAAAUUUUUUUUUUUUUUUUUCAGAAGUUCACCAAACUUCUCACUGUAAUCUGGCUGUACUGUAUGUUGACUUCUUAAGAAUGUUCUCUGCUGAACUCAGGAAGUGUUAUACUUUUUCAGUUUUAAGAGAAAUUCUAAAUUUGUGUGAGUGGCUCUAAUAUAUUUUAUUUUAUGGCCACAAGAUAUAGUGACGGCUUACAUUCCUAAAUAUUCAUAUUUAAUAGCUUUAAUUUUUUUCAAUCAGUUUGUGUCUUUUUUUUUAUAGAAAUGUGAAGCAGAUCUAAAGCAUGUCUGGCUGUGCGUGAAACCAAUGACCACUCUGCCCUGUAUCUGCUUUCCCCCCCUACCCCUUUAUUUCUUCCCAAGGACAUGACAACAAUUUUUUUAUAUUGUUUUCUGCACAGGUUAUUUUGUCCUUUUUAUCUUAAAAAUAGAUGUAGAGGGAUUUGUUUAUUCUAAGCAAUGCACAUUCUAUGACCAAAGAGUGGAUCUGGUGGAUUUACAGCCCAUUACGUAAGGCAAUUUUGCUUCUAUUUCAUGGACCAAUCCCUGGUUGUUCUAAAACUGAGCACAAAUAAAUUGUAAGGCACACUCUUUUAUAUGCAUAUAUUGUUUUGUGUAAACCUGUCAUGUUUCAUGGACAUUUCACCAGUGAAUCAUUCUAUCCGUGAUAGAGACAAACAUCUGCUCAUUCUAAUGUGGAGCAUGCUCUGUCCAGUUGUAAUGCAUGGGGUUGCAUGGGGUAUGAUCCUAUUUAUUCACACCUAGUAUAGGGAGUUUGCACCUAGCAGCCUACUAUUGUUUCUGACCUGAUUGCAGCCACAACUGCCCUCUACAAUCUCCGCUAAAAGAAAAAAAAAUUGCGUAACAUUAAUGAUAUGCAAAUCAUAUGACUCAACUUGUGCCAUCCGCAUGUACUGGACAUCAUGUGACACAAACGUCUGCUUCUAGCAUUCACCUUUGCUUAGUCACUGCUUUAAAGAGUGUCUGUAGCAGUUUUGCCUUUUUAAUGUACAUGAAUGCCAUCAUGCCCAGCUCUUAGUUGUUACUCAAAUCUAGAUCAGUUACUUAGUUGGCAAAGGAAAGCAGGUUGGCAGCAAUCUGUAGCUUUCACUAUUUACGGCAAGAUUCAUAUCUACGUUGGAGGCUCCAUCCGGGGCCUUUGUCACAGAUUUUAUUUUUGGCCUGAAAACUAAGCUGACCAGUCUGCUGCAUGAUGAGCCUGUGGGGUUUUCUGCUGGUAUCCAUCAUUUCACUGGAAAAUAACCAGACAAAAAAAUACUGCAUGCAGCAUAUGCAUAUCUAAUUAUCCUGUUUGUACCCCAAAAUUCUAAUAUCUCCUGAAAGCUUAGGGUGCUCUUAGUCUAGAGAUGUUUAUAUUUUAUGAAAUACGCCCCCUCUCCAUUCCCGAGAUAUGAGGCUUUUUGUACCCCCUCUAUCAAUGAAUUAGACAGGCAAAUCCCUAAUAAUAAUGCUGUGUGUGUACAGCGGGAGCAGGAGCAGUGCUCUAGAAAGGACCUGCAGCCAUUACACAACAAAUCCUUCUCAGGGACCCGACAACUCCCCGAGCUCUGUGGAUUCUACAUGGAACUGUGAGCGGGUAUCUGGUGCAGCACUAGGUCUCUCUCCAUAGCCCUUCUAUAGCUGCUGUACAUUGCCUGUGGAUUUGCUGCAUUUUCUCUCAUCUUUGGGGAGUUGAAACAACAUGGGGAAUUGGAAGAGAAAAGGGUUUUGCAGGUACUACUACCCCCAUUAUCAACUACACUUGCAGGCUGGACUGAGAUGACACUGCUGGCUCCAGCACUCCUCAUAUGUAAGUCACUGCCCCAUACUGGAGCAAUACCUUACACCAUAUUAUAAUGAAUGAUAACACCUAUCUGACAGAUACAGGAGGUACAAAAACCCUUAUAUAUCGAGAAUGGAGGGGAAUGUAUUCAUAAAAAAUAAAAACACCCCUAGACUCGGCACUAGAGAUGAGC